UGUUUAUUUAUUAAAUGAAAGUUAAAUAGAAGCAAUAAAAUGGCAGCAUAAAGUGCUCUCUCUGACACAAGAGGCAACAGGAGGGAUGCAGAGAAUCUGGGGUGUGCAUCAUGCUCCAGCUAUACAGCAAUUAUUACUUCACGACAACUUCUUGUCAGGGCGGAAGAAAUAAAUGAACUGCGUCUGUGGGUAAACAGCGAGCAAUUCUCUGGUCGACGCUCUGUGGUACUUUGUCUUUUAUAGUGUGGGCGUGACCAUGUCGCUGACAGGAGGUGUGGUUAUGCCGAUGAGGGGGCGCGGCCAGGUGACGCUAGGUGCAGGGGAAGCACAGCUGUGCCGCGCAGUAGAGGCGCUGCUGGAGAGAGCGGACACACACGCCGGACUGCCCGCAGAUCUGUUAUUUACAUUGGACACACUGCGACCGAAGCAUGUCUGACUCCGAAGCCUGCGAGCCCGGGGAUGACACCACCACCCGCUUUGCCAGGAAGGGAGCUCUGCGGCAGAAGAAUGUGCACGAGGUGAAGGAGCACAAGUUCACAGCGCGCUUCUUCAAGCAGCCAACCUUCUGCAGCCACUGCACCGACUUCAUCUGGGGUUUUGGCAAACAGGGAUUCCAGUGUCAAGUUUGUUGCUUCGUGGUGCACAAGCGGUGUCAUGAGUUUGUCACGUUUUCCUGCCCUGGCGCAGAUAAAGGGCCGGCAUCUGAUGACCCCCGGAGCAAACACAAGUUCAGAAUCCACACGUACUCCAGCCCGACGUUCUGCGACCACUGCGGCUCUUUGCUCUACGGCCUCAUCCACCAGGGGAUGAAAUGUGAAACCUGCAUGAUGAAUGUCCACAAACGCUGCGUAAUGAACGUGCCAAGUCUGUGUGGCACUGACCACACCGAGCGCAGAGGAAGGAUACACAUCAAGGCUGAGAUCAAAGAAGAAGUAAUGACCGUGACUGUCGGGGACGCAAAAAACCUAGUUCCAAUGGACCCAAAUGGACUUUCCGACCCGUAUGUAAAACUGAAACUCAUCCCAGACCCAAAGAGCGAGAGCAAACAAAAGACCAAAACUAUCAAGUGUUCCCUGAACCCUUCCUGGAACGAGACCUUUAAAUUCCAGCUGAAGGAAUCCGAUAAAGAUCGCAGGUUAUCGGUGGAAAUCUGGGACUGGGACUUAACCAGUAGGAAUGAUUUCAUGGGGUCCCUGUCGUUUGGCAUUUCAGAGCUGCUGAAGGCUGGUGUAGACGGUUGGUUCAAGUUGCUAAGCCAGGAGGAGGGAGAAUACUUUAACGUUCCUGUGCCACCUGAAGGAGAAGAGGGCAACGAAGAACUACGUCAGAAGUUUGAGAGAGCUAAAAUCGGCCCCGGGAACAAAGCAGCCGAAGAGAAGGCGGCAAACCCAGUGUCCAAGGUGGACAACAAUGGAAACAGGGACCAUAUGAAAGUGUCAGACUUCAACUUCUUGAAAGUUUUGGGGAAAGGAAGCUUUGGGAAGGUGAUUCUGGCAGAGAGGAAAGGAACAGAUGAACUCUAUGCAAUAAAGAUCCUGAAGAAGGAUGUGGUGAUUCAGGACGACGAUGUUGAGUGCACAAUGGUAGAGAAGAGGGUCUUGGCUCUGUCUGGGAAGCCCCCUUUCCUCACUCACCUACACUCCUGUUUCCAGACAAUGGAUCGCCUUUACUUUGUCAUGGAGUUUGUCAACGGCGGAGACCUCAUGUACCAGAUCCAGCAGGUUGGCCGAUUCAAGGAACCACAUGCAGUAUUCUAUGCAGCAGAGAUAGCCGUCGGCCUGCUAUUCCUGCACAGCAAAGGCAUUGUCUACAGGGACCUAAAGCUAGAUAACGUCAUGCUGGAUUCAGAAGGGCACAUAAAGAUUGCAGACUUCGGCAUGUGUAAGGAGAACAUGUGGGAUGGGAUAACGACAAAGACCUUCUGUGGCACGCCAGACUACAUAGCUCCCGAGAUUAUAGCUUACCAGCCCUAUGCCAAGUCAGUGGAUUGGUGGGCAUUCGGGAUCCUGCUGUAUGAGAUGUUAGCCGGACAGGCUCCUUUUGAAGGCGAAGAUGAGGAUGAAUUAUUCCAGUCCAUCAUGGAGCAUAAUGUAGCAUAUCCCAAAUCAAUGUCCAAGGAAGCUGUGGCCAUCUGUAAAGGGCUGAUGACAAAGCAUCCUGGGAAGCGGCUGGGCUGUGGCCCAGAGGGGGAGCGAGACAUUAAGGACCAUGCUUUUUUCCGAUACAUAGACUGGGAGAAGCUGGAAAGAAAUGAGAUCCAACCCCCCUACAAGCCAAAGGCGUGCGGCCGAAAUGCUGAGAACUUCGACAAGUUUUUUACCCGCCACCCACCAGUGCUCACACCGCCCGACCAUGAGGUCAUCCGGAACAUUGACCAAUCAGAAUUUGAAGGCUUUUCCUAUGUUAACUCUGAUUUUUCAAAAGAGGAGGAGAAGAAGGACUAAAGAUGGGCCUGUCCGAGGACUAGGCAGCCCCAAACUGUGCAUCGCCUCUCAUUGGGUGCCCCCAUCCAUCUGGCUGGCCCUCUCUGCACAAUUCUCUCACCCUGCGUGUGUGACCAUCGCCUCGCUCUGUGGAGAGCCCCCGUAGUCAAAUCCUCUUGUCUCUAUUAGCAAGCAAAGAAAAAAAUGUGCAUUCAACUGUUUAAAAAAAACAAAAAAAAAAAAGAACAAAUAUACCCAGUCAUUAGAUAGAGCAUGGAUAUUUGCAUUAACAGUGUAAGCUGGGCAACCUUUAAUGAGACCAAUUCUAUUUUUAUGGCAAACCUAUCAUAUAUCAUCCAUGUACUGUACAAAGUGUUUCUCUUGCUGUGCCCUUUCUCUAUGAUAACCUUACUGCUUCUGGCUGUGGUGGGUGUGGCUUGGCAUUUACAGCAUGGGACCAAAUCUAAUCAACCAUCCACAGCUCCCCCCCCCCCAAGAGAACAUAUCAAUAACUGUGAGAUUGUAACUGGUUCUGAUGGAUUGUUGAAUGAGACCACAAACCCUAAAUAGUGAUUGGCCCUCUCUUCUGACCCUCUUCAAAUGGUCAAAUUUGCCAUUUAGGGUUCUGCCACAUUUCUAAAGUUUUUGGACAUUGCUCUGAUCAUGCUCCACAUCACCAACCACCCCCUAAUAAUGGUUUAUGCCACAAUGGAAGUGGUUUGUAUAGGGUCCAGUGGGAGAUCAGUAAGGAAUUGCUGACCCAUUGGGUCUCUCAAUGCUGUAAGUGUAACCCCAACCCCUUGUUGGGUGCUGGCAAGUUAUCCAUACUGCUUGACUGCAUUGUUCCCCUCAAGAGGGUAAGUGUAAGUGCUCUUUUAGCCCAGCACCUUUCCAAACAUCCCCUGUUGUGGUUGAGGGGACUCUAUUGUAAAGAUGGCAGAACAAGCCUUGUAUUUAAUUUUAAAUGGGCCAAACUGUAUUGACGGCAAACUUCAGCAGAUGUUCCCCUAUGACUGCGCACCCCCCCCCCCCAAACACCACCAUCCUUUCUGCAUGAGCGAAGGAGAUAAUGCACUAACUGUGGAACGGCCUGAGGCGUCUCUACAAAUUGUCCUUUCUGCAUGCAGCUUUGGCCAUGCAUUAACCCAUUACCUUGCGCACGAUGUUCAGCAGCAGGAGUCCGUGUGCAAGUCUUCGGGUAUGGGUUACUGACCUUUGUUUAUACAAAAAUCUGGGAAAAAAAGGUCAUACUCUCAUGUUUUGUGUCAAAUGAAGGUUCUAGGCUGACAUUUUUGGCAGUUUUUUUUUUAAAUAUUGUUCUUAUUUAUAUUUUAAAAUAAUGUCUGCCUUCUAAAUAUUGUCCUUGCACACAAAGCCCAAUGAAGUCACUAGAAUAGCUCCUCUGCUUCAGGGAAGGGGGGUUAAAUCUCCCUAUAUUCACAAAGGAUUUUAUUUAUAAUAGCCAAUAUUCUGGAUGGGUCGGUCUGUACUCCUUCUUUGUCUUGAUAAGUAUAGCGUAUCUCAGUCAGAUGCUGUUAUGAUUGAUGCAGCUUCCUAAGGAGUCGGCUGUUGCCCAUGUCCCUUUAAAAGAAGCAAAGCCACCUUAGUUAAGUCUCAGCUCUGUUGGUGUCAUAGUUGAGCCCAUAGUCCUAAGCCAAUCAUAACCAGUUCUUAUUAUCCAUAUUCCAUAUCUAUAUGGAUAUCCAAGUCCUGGGGUCUGUGUCCACUGUAAUGCAUGUCAUCACCGUUGGCCAUAAAGUAACUAUAACAAGCUGAGCCUGGUCUGGACUGGUGGUUUCUGGAUUAUCCCAAACCAUGAACAGUUUUUAAUGUACAGAUUUUAACUGCCUACAAGUAAAGCUUUGGAGGCUAAGAUGUUGAAGGAAAAUCAAAUUCAACCUAAGGGUUUUACAGCCCUAUAACAGUAAUGAUCCAGGCUUUCAAAGUUGUCCAUUGCAGCAUCCUGAUCUUCUCAUCUUGUUAGACCAUCUUAUGUGUGUCAGUGGCACUGCACAUGCUCAAUGUGCUCUGGGCUGCUGUUGAUAAGCUAAGCUUAGGGGCUGUACUUACUGUAUAUUGUGUGUCCCUAAGCUCAAGUAAGUGAGAGCAGCCCAGAGCAUGUGAUGUGAAUCAGCAGAAACAUUUUAUAGUGGUGACUUGGUAGAGAAGUCCAAGACCUCCUUUAAGUGUAGAGCUUGUACAAAAGCUCCAUUAGACUGACAUUAUUUUCUGGGAGGGCUUCAAUAUCUGACAAAAAGGCCGACUUGCAGACUUCUGACCAUCUUAAAACAAUAAGGCAAGAUAGAGCGCUGCCCAAAUGUGCUUCAUGCAUUUUACAACUGGAGUUUCAGGAUACAAUCACAAAGGGCAUAUGGUCAUCUCUCAGCCUGCGUUUAGUAGCCGACCUCUGCUCUGUGUAGCUGCAAUCAGCCCGACGCUGUGUUUGUCAGUGGAGCUACACGGAGCUGUGGAUAAGAGCGGAUGCUCUUCUCUCCGGCUGCCUACAAAACACAGACGGAGAAAAGUGGGCCGUAUGCCACAUGUGACUGUGCUCUUAUCAUCAUCUCAUAGGGCAGUAAGUGGGAAUCAGACAGAUGGCUAUGAUUGAAACCUUAGGGCAGGGGUAUAACAUGUAAAUGACACUGAGGUCUGAAUUUGAUGGAUAAGGCUAGGGCCAGACAAUAUCAUUGGGGAUUGUCCACAGGUGGAGAAUCCGCUGCGCCUCUAGCCUUUUGAACUACAGGCAGAUUUCAUGUGAAAUGCAAAAUGUUGCAUUUUGCGCCGAAAUCCACCGCGUCUGCCUGCACCCGAAUGGAAUCAAUGCUUCUAGAUGAAAAACUCUGUACUAGUAACUGAAAACCAAAAGUACGGCCAUGGGCCAAAAAGACAUAGAGAACGGUCAACCCCCCAAACACCAGUCUAAUAUGCCUGCUCUAUGGUAUCAUCUGAGUUUUUUCCCUUAGACCUUAUAGGUAUAUGGCACUACUUAGUUAUAAUUGACUGAGAAAUUGUCCGGUUAUUCAGAUUCCUGCCUCUAACUGCUUUAAAGGUACAGUCUACAGUAAAUGUUCAACACCUAGUGUUUUAAUAAGAAAUAUACUCUUGAUUUUUGCCAUUUGUUAUUACUAAAAACAAAAAAAGCUUUUUAUUUUAUUCUUCCUCCAAAGGGUCUCCAGAAAAUAGAGCCCAUGCCUGUUGCUACAUUCAGGUGACCUGAGUGCAGAACCGCACACCAUGGGAUAAGUAGGACAAUACUAUUGUUUUGCAGAUGAGCCAAAAUACAAGAUACCAGGGAGACCCCAUUAGGUAAAAGGUCCAAGACCUCAGUUGAGACUGAUGAGGUUCUUCUAACUCAUAGUGAUUGUCAUCUUCUAGUAGACCUUCCCUUAGUGACCAGAAGACCCCAGCAGUUGCCCCCUAACAGCUCUGCAAUUCAGAUUUCAAGGUGCUGCUCAAUUAAUGAUGGUGAUGUACUGUAUACGGUGAGGUCAUUAAGAUUCCCCGUAUUUAGGGUACUUAGUAAAGAAAAUUGUGUCAAUGCAGCUUCAGCGGGGGAUCUUGCUCAGAUUCCUUGACUACAUGUAAUUCCUCUUAUCAAGGAAGGCAGACAUCUGGUGCAUUUUGUGUAUGGGGAUAAGAAACUGACAGUGUUGCAGAUGUUGUAGUCCAGUGACAGCUGUGAGAGCUGCAGGCUGUCCAUUCCUGUUCCAUACAAUUUAUAUCUAUCUUGUCUCAUUGUGACAUCUCCAAAGCCAAAAUGGCACGUAGACCCUUAGCAGAGAACUAAUAGUUACAGUAUUUUGCCCAUGUACUGUAAGAAGGGUAAAGCUUUCCAUGGCUACCUCCAAAUUGCUCACUUUUUCUUUUUUUACCCCCACUGUAUUGUUUUUGUUCCCAUCAUAUUCUGUCGUCUGUAUUGAUCCUCUGUUGUCAAUGUCAUGUGCCAAUGAAACUUUCCAUGCCAAUAAAACGGAACAGAUGGA